AGAAUGAUAAUCAUUAUCUUACAACAGCUAAAACUAUAUGGUCAUAUAAAUAUUUUUAACGCAAUAGCAUGAGUUCUGCACUUAAACUUUUCAGAAGAGUGCUGAGUAAAAUUAGACUUAGUUGAAAGAACUUGUACGGAUGUUGUUGAGAUUCAGAAAAAAAAUGUUAAGGAACUCUUUGAGCUUAGUGCAAAGGCUGAUUACACAGGAUUGUAUAUGUGACUGGCAAGGACAGUCGGCACAAAGCAAACAAUUUGAUCCUCCUCUAUACUUCCAAUCCAACAAGGAAAAAGGAGAAACUAUCAGGAUUUGAAGCGCGAUUGAGAUGGUACGGUCAUGUGAUGCGUCGCCCGGAGGAUCAUCUAAUAAAGAGAGUUCUCGAUGAACCCCACAAAAAAAGAGGUCCUGGCCGUCCCCCUACCACUUGGCUCUCCACUGUAAAAAAGGACAUGAGGUCUAAAGGACUCGAAAGUGAAGCGACCCAGGAUCGCGCAACCUGGCGAAGAUGUACAGGGAGUGCCAACCCCACAUAGUGGGACAAACUGGCAAGGUGUUUGUGUUGUGUGUGUCUAUCAGGAUUUGAGGCAUUUAGUAAUCCAAUUCGUUAAGAAGUCUUGAGUAUAGAACUCAAGUAUGAUCCAUCGGACACAGCAAUACUAAUACGGUUGAAGAUUCGAGGUUUCCGCAAGCGAAGAUUUUUAUAUAAUCAGCCAUCAUGAUCAAGAGAAAAAGUACAGAUUUUUUGUCAUGUGAAUUAUCCAAAUUAAUUGUGUUAUUUUUCGCUUCAAAGAAAUAAAUUAGAUGUUUUUAUUUGGUGUCCAAACACGGUAUAAAUUUUAAAAAAUUAUCAUAGAACACUCAGUCGGAUUUGGAACGCUAUAUAAUCGUUAACAAUGAAGGUGAUUUUUCCUUUAGUAAUCCUUUUUUUAAAUUUAUGUGAUAGUGAUGCUAAAAUAUCAGAAUCACUAAAAGUUACAUUGCCUCAUGGAGGAGGAAUUAUUGGACGAUAUUUGACAUCCUUUCGUGGACAUGGAAUUCGGGCUUUUAUGGGAAUCCCCUAUGCUGAGCCACCAGUUGGAAAUUUGAGGUUCAGCAACCCGGUUCCCAAAAGUCCCUGGAGUGGCUAUAUGGAAACAGUGUCUAAUGAUUUUCCAAAUACUUCUGAACCGUUGCCCGUAAUGGUGUACUUCCAUGGAGGAGCCUGGUCUAUAGGUUCUGGUUCACUCUACAGGCCAGAUUUUUUCUUGGAUCAUGAUGUCAUCUUAGUGAUUGGAAAUUACCGCUUAGGUGCUUUGGGUUUCUUAUCAACCAAUACGAGUGAUAGCCCAGGAAAUUUUGGAAUUAAGGAUCAAGUAGAAAUACUCAAAUGGGUUCAGGAAAAUAUUGGUGUUUUUGGUGGAAAUCGAGAUCAAGUAACAAUAUUUGGGCAAAGUGCUGGAGCUGUAUCUGUAACAUAUUUACUUGCUUCUCAGUGUACCAAAGGAUUGUUUCACAGAGCUAUAGCCCAAAGUGGAAAUUAUUUUGACCCAUGGGCUUUCUUGGAUAAUUCACUUGUCCUGGAGAGAACUAAGAAAUAUGCAAAUGUUUUGGGAUGUACACUAAAAGAUGAGAAUUGGAAUGAGUUGGUGGUAUGUCUGCGUGGAAAAUCUGUUGAUGAUUUAGUGAAAUUUACAAAUGAGCUAAGUGAAUGGUUUCUAUCACCUCUUGUAAAAUUUCCACCAACAAUUGAGUAUGAUAUAAAAGGUGGUGUUAUAUUUGAAAACCCGAGAAACUUAAAAGAGAAUCAUGGCUUGAAAAUUCCUUUGUUAAUUGGAUUAACACGUGAUGAAGGUGCAACCGUAUCUGCUGAUGGGAAGAGCUCCUCCCAAUUAUACUAUCCUACAACAGGUUAG